UGCCUUGAAAGUUUGACUCACUGUUUACCGGAAGCUCUGGGGGAAACAUGAUAGCUUCCUCGACACUGAUGCACAGGCCGACUUUUGUUUCUGCAGCUUCCUCCGUGUGGCGAAUCUGCCGCUGGGUUACGCUGGCUGCACUCCUAGAGAAGCGUGCGGAAUCGGCUGUGGGAAGUAGGACGCGAAAGGUCCUAGGGACCCUGCGGCCAUGGCGGCGGCCGCCCCCAAGGCUGGGAGUCCAGCUCCACAGGCGGCGGGUCCCGAAGCUCCGCUGCAGUACAGCCUUCUUCUGCAGUACCUGGUGGGUGACAAGCGGCAGCCGCGGCUCCUGGAGCCCGGCAGCCUCGGCGGGAUCCCGAGUCCCGCCAAGAGCGAGGAGCAGAAGAUGAUCGAGAGGGCGAUGGAAAGUUGUGCCUUCAAGGCUGUGCUGGCCUGCGUGGGAGGAUUUGUCUUGGGAGGUGCAUUUGGGGUCUUCACUGCCGGCAUUGAUACCAACGCAGGCUUUGACCCUAAGGACCCUUACAGGACACCAACUGCAAGAGAAGUCCUGAAAGACAUGGGACAGAGAGGAUUGUCCUACGCCAAAAAUUUUGCCAUUGUGGGCGCCAUGUUUUCAUGCACCGAGUGUUUGGUAGAAUCUUACCGGGGAAAGUCGGACUGGAAGAACAGUGUCAUCAGCGGCUGCAUCACUGGCGGAGCCAUUGGUUUCAGAGCUGGUGUAAAGGCUGGGGCCAUAGGUUGUGGAGGUUUUGCUGCUUUCUCUGCUGCUAUCGAUUAUUACCUGCGGUGAAAGAAACGGCCUGAAAGGACGGAGGUGCCAGCCACCUGUAGAGCUGUUCCUUGGAGCAGUUUCCACACACUUGGCAUUGCUUCAGGGGCGAGAUCAGUUGUGUGUGGUGGACCCACCUUGCUGUUCUCUACCUCCAUCUGCUGGGGCAGACAUACUUUUCCACUUCUGAAUUUCAACCUCCCUUGAGGUUCUCAAGGGAGAUGGUAUGCCGAUUGUCUCCUUGCAGUAAUAGACCGGGGGAGGGGGGCAGUGUGUUCCCUGUUAAGAAUUAAGCUCACCUGGCUCUCCAGCUGUGAACAGGAGGUGGCAGUAUGUUUGCCCGCAGCCAGGAAGCCCCUCUGCCUUGAGACUGUGUCCAAGCAUUCGUCCUGAGUACCAGGGCGGAGCAGAGUAAACCUUUGCCUUCAGGUAAUGAUGUCAUUUCAGUUAGUAUCUUUGCCAUACUUGUUAAAAAUAUGUAUAUGGGGGCUGGUGAGAUGGCUCAAUGGCAAAUAGCACAGGCUGCUCCUCCAUAGGUCGUGGGUUUCGUUCCUAGCCCUGACACAGUAGCUCACAACCAUUUGUAACUCAAGUUCCAGGGAUCCAAGGCCCUCUUCUGCCCUCUGAGGACACCAGGCACCAGCAUGGUGCACAGACAUACAUGCAGGCAAAAUACCCUUUUUCUUUAAAGGCCGUAUGUACUGUUGAAAGGAGCUAGUUUUUCAGAUGCCACCUCUCCCACACAAGGUGCCAGGUGUCCCAAAGAGUGACAGUGCAAUGGAAAGAUUGGAGAACCUCUACAGAACUCAGAGAAUGUUCGUCUCAGGGUUUGUGGAAACUGUACCUUUGUCACCAGUCAUGCCUCUGCCUCCUCAGAGAACCCCGUUGGGCUGGCUGACGGUCAUGCUGGCUUGCUGAACCAGUGGCCUCAUGCCCCGGCCCAGUUUAAACAUCCAUGAGUGUCUUGCUGUGGUCAUCCUGCCAGCUGAGUCAUGCAGUAGCUACCAGCCUCGAUCAGAUGCUGAAGGCCUGUUCACCACCUCCCUGCUCUCUAUUAAGCUUCUCUUUGCUUUUAUGCCCACCCCCAGCAGUUUAGCCCAAUUACACUGUGGCAGAAAUCCAGCCUUAUGUUUGGGCUGUGCCACCAGACUGCUUUACUGUAGCUUGUGGGCGCAGGUGGAAUUAAUGGACUCAGUUCGUACCUCCUGUCAGCUGCGCAGGAGGCUCAGCAAAGGCCUGUAACUGGCUGCCUCCAGCUAGCAGUUAGUCCUUUUCCUGCUAUUUAGUAACCCUCCCACCUUAUUUCUCCCUCAUUUCUUUUCAUCCUUCAGCAGAAUUCAAAGACUGACGUGCAACAUUAGUCACCUGGGUGUCCUUUGUAUGACAGUGAUGGUACCGAGUCGACAGCACCACCUUUUUGGCAUGAGUGUGAGUUAGUGCCAGGGCUCGUGCUCUUCGUGCAUCCUCUCCGUUCAUUUGCUGAGGAAAGAAUCCAAGGCUUCGUGCGUGCUAGGCAGGCACUCAAUUUGUGACCUCUAACCUCCAGUGACUUCUGUAUGCUUGCCCUAUUUCACAAGAGCACACCCCAGAGCUCUGAAAACAUAAUUCAGGAGUGUUUCCUCUACUGUCUGUAAAUUCUUCAUCUAGGAACACUUUGAUGUAAGGACACGGUCUAUCUGUAGCUCAAAGUGCUCAGGUGCCCGAGGUCUCUGACCUACUGGUCUUCCACAUGAGCCCCAAUACAAGAAAUGUUGCCAUCACAACUACCUUGGCAAAGAAAAGCCUCAGGGCUGUCAGUAGACAUCAGUUGAACAAACCAAGCCUUGUCCACAGACUAUUCAAUCAAGAGGAGAUGAAUAGCUUCCUGUUUUAGAUGGCUGGGGGUCGGUAUGAGCUCACAAACCAAACAGCAAUUUGCAGACACAUCUGUUCCCCAUCUUCAGAAUAAACAGUGUCCAAUGGC